AUGAUUUCUCAACCCAAGGUUGUCGUACUACCCGUUACCGAUCAAGUAAUCCAGCGUGUUGAAGCUUGGGCUGCUGCCGAAGGUGUUAUGGACAAUUCGAUGAUAUUGAUGACUACAAAAAGAUUUGAGCUCUUGGCAGAUGCAGACAAUGAUGUCGAUGAUAUGCCGGAACUCACUGUCAGAUUCCAAGGGGAUGAUGACUAUGAAUCAGAUGACGACGAUUCAGGUGAUGAAGGCGAUGAAGAGGAAGAACCUAUUGUGGCUGAUUUGAAUCACCAUCAAGAAAAUGUCGAUAGAGGAACCGAUGAUAUUGGGAGCCUUGUUACUGAUCUGGAGGAUCGACAAGAACCGCCAGAAGAAGAGAUUGUAUUUGAGCCUGAAGAGCCUCAAGUAGCAAAAGUCACUCAAUCUGGGCAAACGUAUGCGCAAGCUGCGAUGUCAGGGCUGAACCUUUCUCAAGUUCCAAAGAAACCAAGAGAAUGGCCUUCAAGCAGGAGUGGCAGUUCUGCCAAUAAGAACAAGAAUUGA